AUGACGGACUGGAGAGCUUACCACGCGAGGAUCGUAAGAGAUUUUCCAUCAAGAUCACAAUUGCCGCCUGGUUCUUACGUCGCGGGAAUCCGCGAGCCCGCAAAUUCACCCACAGAGGAAGCUCGCAUCUUCAAGUUUGGAGUAAAUUCGUUCGCAUUUGAAGGAAACAUCCAACCGCCCGCAACCUUCAUCUCUGAACUGGACAUCUACGGUGAUCGGUUUGUCCUGUUACAAGCUUGCUUGACAGACUCAGCAUUACCUACGAUGAGCAGACACAUGCCUGUCAGUAUUGUGGAUGAUAGCGAAGUAGCACCAGUCCAAGUCGACCCAGAAUCAGCGAUCACCGAGCCAGUACACACAAUAAGGCGCCUCAUCGAGCAAGAUGACCCGGACAUUCUUGAAGCCGGAGUUCGUCAAGGCAUCAAGACGCUUGAACAGUUGCGCGAUGUUUUCAGUCAAGCAGUCGUCACCACACCAGAAGCCCAAGUUUGGCUAGAUAGUAUCACCGAUCUACUUUCCACGCCGAAGCACAACCGUCAAUAUUUUGGAGUCGUUGGUAACACCGGGGCCGGCAAAAGUUCUAUCAUAAAUGCGCUACUGGACGAGGAGCGUCUGGUCCCCACAAACUGCAUGCGCGCAUGCACGGCAGUGGUAACUGAAAUCUCUUGGAAUGAAUUCACAAAUCCUGGUCAUCGAUAUCGUGCGGAGAUCGAAUUCCUGACGCCCGAGGAAUGGCGCCUUGAGCUCAGUUUGUUGCUUGACGAGACUAGCAACGAUGGCACAGUAUUUAAUGAUAUGUCGAAUUCAGGCACUGCCGCAGGUGUAGCCUGGGCAAAGCUCCAAGCCUUGUUUCCCGAGCUUACCAAAGCGAUGGUUCCAAGCUGCACUUUGGACAGCCUCAUGACAGAGCAAUCCGUAGCGCAAUUACUUGGGAAGACUAUUUGCAUUGCCAGUUCAGAGGCUGGGGACUUCUAUCGACAAGUGCAAACAUACGUCGAUAGCAAGGAAAAGUCCUCGGGCAAGAGCAAGAAAGACAAGGAUGGAUCAGCUUUUGGGUUCUGGCCACUGAUCAAAGUGGUGAGAAUUUACGUCAGAUCAGCAGUUCUGGCAAAUGGCGCCGUCCUCGUUGAUCUUCCUGGCUUACAAGACGACAAUGCGGCCCGGGCUGCCGUUGCCGAUUCAUAUAUCAGGAAGUGCAACGGCAUGUUAAUUGUUGCGCCAAUUACACGGGCGGUCGACGACAAGUCGGCAAAAGAUCUCCUGGGUGAUACAUUCAGGCGUCAGCUCAAGUUUGAUUGUGCCUUCUCUGGCAUCACAUUCGUUUGUUCGAAAACGGAUGAUAUUGAAAUAAGGGAAGCUGCCGAAAGCCUGCGUAUCCAGGACCAGAUUUCUGGCUUUCAAGAAGAGAUUGACAAUAGCAAAACUACAAAAAAACAUCUUGAAAUCCGUCGGGGCACUCUGAGAGAGAGGCUAGAAGGACUCAAUUCAUAUUAUGAUGACCUUUACGAGAAAGAAGAUCAGUGGCAAUCAUUACAACAGAAGCUAGAGUCCGGGGAGCAAGUUUAUGCUCCACAGGAAGCUUCUGGUAAGAGAAGAAAAGGCAACGCUCGUGGCAACGCGCAAAAAAGAUCACGAUUGGACCACUCGGAUCAUGCAAGGGAAUACAUCAGUGACUCAGAAUCCGAUGAAGAUAUAAUGAAACGGCCGCCAGUUCCCCUGACGAUAGACUCUGUGCAGCAAGCGCUUAAGAAUAUCAGAUCCGAACGACACGAGCUCCGGACAGUUCGGAAUGACACCACUACUGAGAUCAAGGAGGUGAACGAGGCACUAAAGGAUGCCGAUGCCAGGAUAGCAGCAAAUGCAAGCCAAAUUGCGGCACGGUGCAUUUCUGAACGCAAUAACUAUUCGAGGCAAAGAAUUCAGCGUGACUUCGCGACUGGUGUUAAGGAAGUCGAUGAAGAAAGCGCGAUCAGAUCCAAUGAACAGCAAUUUGAUCCAGAGGACGCUAUUCGCGACUACGACGAGAUUGCGAACGCAUUGCCCGUAUUCUGCGUAAGUAGCAGAGCUUAUCAAAGGUUGCAAGGACGAUCGGAGGACGAUGGAGUAACACCGGGCUUUAGUUCACUAUUGCAGACUGAAGUUCCGCAACUUCAGAGCCACUAUCGAGAGCUCACAAAGCAUAAAAGAAUUCAAUCAGCACGCACGUUCCUGCAAGACCUCUGUUCGGAGAUCCUGUCGUGUCACAAAUGGUCGAAGAAUACGAACACUGUUGCGACAUCAAACAAGGAGAUUAGGGACCCAGAGGCUAUGCUUUGUCAAUUGGAAUCAGUCUGGGAUACCAUCGCUGAGGAGUGCAGCGUCAAAUUGAAAGAGCUCGUCUGUGAAAAGCUUCAUAUGAAAUGCAGAGCAGUCGCUGAUAACGCCACUGAUGAAGCCCUGGAGAUCUCUCGGAACUGGGUACAGGGCCGAAGCGAUCAUGGCCUCCCAUUUCAGACGUACAAGGCGGUGGUUCGGCGACACGGCGUCUUCCAUUCAAAUAGCUCGGGCAUCCACGAUUUUAACGCUGACUUGAUGAAGCCCAUCAUGAAGCAGCUCGGUGCAACAUGGGAACGUACUUUCCAGAGCCGGGUUCCGAAGGCCUUGGACGAGUGUAUCAAACGAUUUCAAGCAGAGCUGCGCAGUUUCUACAGUGCAGUGAACGCCGAUUCGCUACAUAGGGCUGCUGGCGACUUCAACGACAUUACUGUGGAGCGUCAAGCUCAACGUGCCGAGCAAUCUUUUGAUACGUUGAGAGUGUGCCUUUUGGAAGAGAUCAUGGAGGAACAGCGCAAUGCCAACCGAGAAUUUGUCCCAGUGGUUAAAUCUGAGAUGCAUGAUGCCUACGUGGCAUGCUCCGCCGAGAAGGGGGUAGGAAGUUUUGCGAGGAUGAAAUCUACGAUGGACACCCAUGUCGACAACAAACGGCAUACCAUGUUUCACAGUGCUAUCGAUCGUACGGCAGAAUUGCUUGAUCGCCUCUGUGCCCACAUAGAAAAAAAGAUAAAGAAAAAGGUGAAGCGAACAAUCACUCACCUACGCGCGAAUCAUGCGGCACGUCCAGCGAGCUUAGCCAAAACGGCUACACGAGUUCAAGAGCAUGUAGAUUUCAAAGCAGAAGUCUUCUCAAUCCUUCAACGAAAUAAUGAACGCUUCGGGACUAUCCUCAACGGAGAAGCCGAUGCCGACGUUGUAGAAUUCGUCAAGAACGAGUUUAGGGGUGUUUCGAUCGAUUGAGCUGCGCGCACAGAAGCUCAACGAGUGCUGGAGUUCUCCUAGUGAUGAGGGAGACGAGGUGGAGCUGUAACUACCAUGUUACAUUAAAGAUAUGGACGCUUAAAAUGAUCUCACGAAGUAGUUCAGGCUUCCUCGCCGAGAUUGUUUUGAAGAACUUCAGCAGGCAGAUAUAUACUGUACGACAGGGAAUUGUAACAUAGAAUUGGUGCAAGAGUCUGGAGAUAUUCGGAAAUCGCUACGAUCCUAUCCGUUUAGCAGUGGCACGUUCACCGACCCCAAAAUAAACCAAUUUUGAUGAAACACAACUUCU